GCAUGUCAGUUCAAUUUUGAUAACCGACGGUGACAAUCAAAACCUUCCCCCCAAGCCUAACAAUGAAUCCUUUGACGGUUGUUGCAGUUCUCUCCACGAUGGCGCUGUCGGCUCAGGGCCAUUUGGCAGCUGCUCCUCUGGCUGCGGCUCCAGCUCCCUACUUUGCUCCGGCUGCUUAUGCGGCGGCUCCACUGCGUUAUGCCGCUCCAGCUGCUUACUCCGCUCCGUUGGGCUUUGCAGCUCCGGCUGCAUACUCAGCACCUCUUGGCUUUGCCGCUCCAGCUCCCUACACGGCUCCAUUGGGUUACUCUGCUCCUCUGGUUGCCAAGACCUAUGCUGCUGCUCCCUUCGCUGCUGCUCCCUUCGCUGCUCCAGUGGCUGCUCCUCUGGCUGCUCCCGUUGCUACUCCCUUCGCUGCUCCAGUUGCUGCUCCCGUGCUUGCCAAGACCAUUGCCGCGCCAGUUGCCGCUCCUCUCGCUGCUCCCGUUGCCACUGAGAUCGUAGAUGCUCAUCCACAGUACAGGUUCGCCUACGAUGUCCAGGAUACGCUCACCGGUGACUCCAAGACCCAGGAGGAGACUCGCGAUGGCGAUGUCGUUCGUGGUAGCUACUCUCUGAUUGAGGCCGAUGGAUCCCGUCGCAUUGUCAGCUACUAUGCCGACGACAUCAACGGUUUCAAUGCCGUCGUCCAGAAGGAUGUGCCCGUUGCUGCAGUUCCGGUUGCACCCGUCGCUCCCGCUGUUGCCAAGCUGAGUACCUUUGCCGCUCCAGUUGCGCCCGUGGUUGCUGCUGCUCCCGCUCCUGUGCUUGCCAAGACCCUGGCCGCUCCAAUUGUUGUCUAAUGUGGAGUAGAAGGAGAAGAUGGAGAUGGAGACAAAGGAUUUUCAUUUGUACAUAUUCGAUUAAUCAUUGUCGUGCUAUAAAAUAACUUUCAUCGAACCCAAAUUAAAGAAACUAUCAGCACAAAAUUUUGUGAUUCCAAAAA